CCAGGCGCGCAUUAGGCGCCCCCCGAGUUUCUCCCCCCUUCCCUUGUUGGCGUAAAAGAAAAAUCUCCCCGUCUCGUCUCCUCCGCUCCUUGCGCCAUCUCGCGGCUGAACAGGGGAGGGGGAGGGGCGCCGAUCUCCAUCCGACGAGCAGAGCAGGGGAGGGGAGGGGGAUCCUGGAGAUCAUGGAGAGUAGUUCUUCAGAUGUUCAAAUGUCACAUUGUGCUGAGGACUUGAAUAGUGAGAGUACAAUCGAGAUCAAAAUAAAGACAUUGGAUUCUCAAACAUACAAUUUGCGUGUCAAUAAACGCGUGCCAGUGCCUCUGCUAAAGGAAAAAAUUGCCACUGUAACUGGAAUAUUGUCUGAGCAACAACGUCUGAUUUGCCGUGGGAGAGUUCUAAAGGAUGAUGAACUCCUCUCUGCGUAUCACGUGGAAGAUGGCCAUACAUUGCAUCUCGUGGUUAGACAACCAGGACAAUCCGCUACAUCAGGAAAUGCUGGAAAUGAAGGUACCACAUCAAAUCCUGCUCGUCGUCGUGGUCCCACUAUGACUCGCAGUAUUGUACUUGAGGCUAUUAAUGUGGGUCAGGGGAGUGAACUCAGUGUUGCACAGUUGCUCCAAAGCCUGCUUCGAGCUCCUAGUAGCACACAAGUUUCGAGUGGACCAGCACCUUCUGAUGCCAGACCUUCAGAAGGUGCACAAUCUUCAACGCAAAAUGGUGUCAGGGCUGUACUUGAUCAAAUGCUGGUUCCUCCACUUUUCCAGUCUGAAACGUCAGUUGGGUUAUCAGAACCAAACGUCAUUCCUGAUUCGUUGACCACAAUUUCUCAGUACAUUAACUUUUUGAGAGACUCCUUUAGAAGGGAAGGCUUCCUCGAAAAUGGACAAACUCUGAAUAAUGCUGACCAUGGAACUGCAGGAAGUGCCCAUGGAGGUGGUACUCAAAAUCAUGAAAGCCAGCCUGAUUCAGCUUCGGCGCAUGGGCUUCCUACUGCAGCAUUGCUUGCUGAAACUAUGCACUCUACUAGACAACUUCUUGUUGAGCAUGCUGGAGCAUUGCUAUCUCAACUACCAAACCAGCUAGGAGAUAUUGUGAAUGUAACUGAUGCUACAACACGGAGGAACCUUCAAAACAGUGUAGUCAGAUAUGGAGUUCUCAUCCAAUACCUUGGUUCAUUACUUCUAGAACUUGGCCGCACGACAAUGAUGCUGCGUAUAAAUCCUGCAACUUCAGAAGCGGUUGUCAAUUCUGGACCAGCUCUUUUUAUCUCUCCAUCUGGACCAAAUCCUCUUAUGGUUCAACCUGCUCCUUUUGUUCCAGGAACAGGAUCUGUUCAAGUGGGCCCAAUAUUUUCUAGUCUUACUUCACAUCGCUCUGUUCUGCACCCAAGAGAUAUUGACAUCCAUGUCCGCACGAGUGGGUCUGUGUCUUUAACUGGUACUAACCCACCUGAGCGGGUUGAGGAACAUCAAACACAAGAUCGUACAGAUAGAAGUGCAAAUGCUUCACCUGCAAACAGUAGUGAAGCAUUUGCAGGGGUUACAGCUGGUGCUCCAUUUUCUGUUGAAUCUGGAGUUAGGCUGGUGCCGCAUAGAACAGUGGUUGCUGUGCCUGCUGGCAUCAGUCAUCCUCCUUCAAUGUCUUCUAGUGGAGUUGGUAUUAUCUACCCACUGUUUGCCAGAAUUCAACAAAGAGCAUACACUAACGCUCAAGUUGCCCAUAGUGCUAAUCAGAUACCGAAUCCACAGACAUCUCAGUAUCAUGAAGCAGGUACUCUAGGAUCUCCUGUUGAUAUCAAUGCGGAAAACGGCACUCAGACUUCCCCUGGGGAGCAGAAUGGCCAGGGGCCUUUUUCUCAGUUGAUGGAUAGUAUCCCUUGGAUUGCAUCACUCUUUUCUGGGGAAAAUUCUCGAGUAAAUGGCACAAAUCAGCAUGCACCGGCUUCUGCUGAGCAGGUAGAUGGUAGAAAUCAUGGAGCACCAGAAGUGUCAGGAGUCAGUGAUGAGGGUCUACGGUUCGCUAGCUUAGUUCGCCAAAUUAUGCCAUUUAUUUCCCAAGUUGAGUCACAUCAUCAAAGUGCCUCAGCAGUCAGUAGCAGCACCCCUUCACAGUACUGGCAGGCUGCACAUGGGAACUUGAAUACUGCAAGAGCUGGUCCAAGUCAUUCCAGGAGUUCACAUCAACAUAACCGUGAUCCAGUUGAUGGACCUAAUUCUAAAAGGCAAAGAACAAGUGAGUGAUAAAGAUCUUCAUGUCCUCCGGGGUCACCGUUUUGCAAGAUAAGCCGAGAAUUUUGCCGAUUCUCACUGCGAGGAUGGACUGUCAUGAAUGUCUUGACAGAGUUGAGGGCAGUGGAUUAUUAUUAUUUGGCAGUGUAUAGUUGGCAUCCGGUUCAUUAGUCAAGGCACCAUCUUUUUUUUUUUGCCCAUUUCCUGCGGAUCGGUUGUAAUGUUAUUUUACUAUCCUAUCUGUAGAAAUUCGAUUCAAUUGGGGUUAAAUUAUGCCUGCAAUUAACCAAAAGCUUCGUUUGGUAGUAAUUGCUGUAGCAUGUGGAGAAUUUUUGCCACUUAAUAAUACCCUCUAUGAUUUGUACA